CCGAGUGCCAGGAAAAGCUGCCGAACCACGCGUCUCCGCAAGAAGAAAAACAGAGCGAGAGCAGGAAAGAGGGGGAGAAAAAGAGAGAGAGGGAGAAAGAGAGCAGAAAGCCGCAGCAGUAAGAAGCUGGCCCACUCAUUUCUGUUGCUCUGGUGAUGUCACGAGCAUGUGACCCUGCCUCUCCAGUGACAGCUUUUUGAAGGGAGGGAAAAAAAAGAGAGAUUUUAAAGCUUCUGCCGUUUUGGGUUUUUGUGAAGGCUUUGCUCACCUCCUGAGCAACCACAGAACCACAGGAGCUCAGAUCAGAAUUUUUGCACCAGGCAGCACGUAAAUGGUUAAUUGUCACAGGUCAGCCUCGGGCUUAAGGAGCGCACCAGUCAUUGAGGACGCCUCAAAGGUCAUCAAAACCAUAGAGAAACAAAAUUUAUCCGUGGAGCAGCUGACGGUGGCGGCAAUGGCAUCAAACAGCCUCUUCAGCUCUGUGACACCUUGCCAGCAAAACUUCUUUUGGGAUGCGAGCGCGACUCGGCGCUUCAGCCCUCCGUCCAGCAGCCUGCAGCCGCUCCCGGCCAAGAUCAACGAGGUGAGCAGCAGCAGCAGCGGCAGCGGCGGAGGCAGCGGAGGCGGAGGCGGAGGCAGCGGCGGGAUUAACAGCAUGAGCGGCGGGAAUGCAGGAGCUGGAACCGGGCAACACGACGCGAGGCUGCGGCCGCUGGAGAACCGCUCCAUGGCAGAAAUCAUCGCCGAUCAUCCCGCUGAGCUGGUGCGCACCGACAGCCCCAACUUCCUCUGCUCCGUGCUGCCCUCUCACUGGCGCUGCAACAAAACCCUGCCGGUCGCUUUCAAGGUCGUGGCUCUGGGGGACGUUCCUGAUGGCACUGUCGUCACUGUGAUGGCUGGGAACGAUGAGAAUUACUCAGCGGAGCUGCGCAAUGCUUCAGGUGUGAUGAAGAACCAGGUGGCUCGCUUCAAUGAUCUACGAUUUGUGGGACGCAGUGGAAGAGGAAAGAGCUUCACCCUGACAAUUACAGUGUUCACAAACCCACCACAAGUGGCCACUUACCACAGAGCCAUUAAGGUCACAGUGGACGGACCGCGUGAGCCAAGGAGACAUAGGCCAAAGUUGGACGAUUCACCGAAGGCGGGCCUGUUCUCUGACCGCCUGAGCGAGCUAGAACGCAUCCGACAGAGCACCAUGAGAGUGGCUGUGCCAACACAAACCCCCCGAACCUCGCUCAACAACCCCAACUCGUUCUCUCCUCAGGGCCAGAGCCAAAUCUCAGACCCACGGCAGUCACAGUCGUCCCCUCCUUGGUUUAAUGAGCAAGCAUACUCAUCGUACCUGAGCCCCAUGGCGUCCCCCUCGGUGCACUCUACCACCCCUCUGUCCUCCAGCCGCGCCACCGGCCUGCCUUCCAUCAGCGACGUUCCCCGCCGCCUGCCAGGUUCCACAGAUCUGACUCCUUUCCCUGGGCAGUUUGAGCGCCAGUUCCCCGGAUUCUCCUCCCUCACUGAGAGCCGAUUCUCCAGCCCACGGAUGCACUACCCGGCAACGUUUACCUACACGCCCACCCCUGUCACCACAGGCAUGUCGCUUGGCAGUGCCCAUUACCACACAUACCUGCCCCCACCAUACCCAGGCUCCACUCAGAGCCAGAGUGGACCAUUCCAGAGCAGCAGCACCCCCUAUCUCUACUAUGGGGCCUCCUCCGGCUCCUACCAAUUCUCUAUGGUAACUGGGGGAGACCGCUCACCCUCCAGGAUGCUGCCCACCUGCACUAGCGCCUCCACAGGUGCCUCCUUGGUCAAUGCCAGUCUUCCCGUGCAGGCUGAUGGAGGGAGCGGUGUGGAGGAGGACGGCAGCCACAGCAACUCUCCAACUGUGCUCAAUCCAGCAGGGAGGAUGGAUGAAGGAGUGUGGCGGCCAUAUUGACGGAAUUAGAAAAAAAAACAAACAAAAAAACA